AGAUUGGGUCUAAACUUGAACCUUCAAAUUUCUGCGUUUUGUGUUUAGAGCAACCUGUUAUGGUCGAACAAUACAUGUUUCUUUGAAAGGCAAGUAAGAAGAAGCUCACAACUUUCCUGCGGUGACAAGAAGAAGCUCAUAACUUUUAUUCGGUGACCAGGUCUAGGUCCACAAACGUGGCUCACCCUUCUUCAGAGGGAAAGUUGGUGUGGGCUAAUCAGAAAAGGACGCUCACGUAUGCACCAUAAAUGAAACCCUUUUUUUCACGGUUCAGUUCAUUUCACUAGAUCAAAACGCCAACCCCAAUCUCCUUUCUCGUAAGUAGUUCAGACUCUGGCUCGGUAUGGCCUGUGCCAAAACCUAACCAAAAGCAGAACCCAUAUUUCAAAAGCGCCACCCUCUCUCUCUCUCUCUCUCUCUCUCUCUCGUUAGCUCUAUCUGUUGGCCCAUGUAAGCAUUGCACAAUUUGAUGCCUUAUCACUCUCCCUUUAAGCUCUAUCAUUAGAUCUCUUUCGAGCUUCGCCAACCUUUUCUCUUUCCACAAAAACGACUUAAAAAUGACCAUAAUUUCUUCAAAGCUCACAUUCCCUUGUCACCAACCUCUUUCAAAUUUAUAAACGUUUUGAUCCUGGUGCCUUCAAUUUCACUCUCUCUUGUCCUUAGCAUGGCUUAUUUCCUCCCACUUCUGUCUACUCUCUUCUUCCUCUUAAUCUCUUCUUCUUCUUCCCAACCCACCGAGCUCUACUUUCCAGGAUUCAAAGACAUAAAUCCCAACAACUUAACAUUAACAGGUAUUGCACAGAUUGAGAAGAACGGGAUUCUAUGCGUGACCAAUGACACCAGUCGUUUAAUAGGUCACGCUUUUUAUAGCUCCCCAUUUAGAUUCAAGAACUCAAGCAAUGGCCAAGCUUUUUCCUUUUCUACCUCCUUCGCUUUGGCUAUAGUUCCAGAGUAUCCAAAACUGGGUGGUCACGGCCUUGCUUUCACAAUCACUGCUUCCAAAGAUCUCAAAGCACUUCCGAGUCAGUAUCUUGGAAUCCUCAACGCAACUGAUAUGGGUAACUUCUCAAACCAUCUCGUAGCAGUUGAGUUCGACACGGUUCAGGAUUUUGAGUUCCAGGACAUCAACGACAACCAUAUUGGCAUCGACCUCAACAGCUUGGACUCAAAUGCCUCGGCUCCUGCCAGUUACUAUACGGAUGGUUCCACAAAGCAAAAUCUUACUCUCAAGAGUGGAAAACCAAUCCAAGCUUGGAUCGACUAUGAUUCCGUUGAACACGUCAUCAAUGUAACGAUCGCACCAAAUUCUACAAGACCAAGGUUGCCGAUCUUGUCUUUUCAUGUAGAUCUUUCACCGUAUUUUCAGGAGUUUAUGUACGUUGGUUUCUCAGCUUCAACAGGGUUACUUGCUAGCUCGCAUUAUAUUCUAGGUUGGAGCUUUAAAAUCAAUGGACAAGCUCAGGCUCUUGAUCUGUCCUCUCUGCCUUUACUCCCCGGACCACCAAAAAAGGAUACAGCUUUAACAGUUGGGGUCUCAGUUUCAUCCGUUAUUUUUGUAAUAAUUGCUCUAUCCAUUGCCAUUUAUUUCAUUAUCAAAAUCAAGAACGCAGAUGUGAUUGAAGAUUGGGAGCUGGAGAUUGGACCUCAAAGAUACCCUUACCAAGAACUCAAGCAAGCAACCAAUGGCUUCAGUGACAAAACCUUACUUGGGCACGGUGGUUUUGGUAGAGUAUACAAAGGAACACUUCGAAAUGCAAAGACUGAAGUUGCUGUCAAGCGAAUUUCUCAUGAAUCAAAGCAGGGUUUGCGUGAAUUUUUAUCAGAAAUUGCCAGCAUCGGAAGGCUUCGCCAUCGAAACUUGGUUCAGUUGUUGGGGUGGUGCAGGAGAAGAGGUGAUCUUCUUCUUGUCUAUGAUUUCAUGGCUAAUGGAAGCUUAGAUAAGUUUUUGUUUGAUGAACCACAAACAAUCCUGAGUUGGGAGCAGAGAUUCAGGAUUAUAAAGGGUGUUGCUUCUGGGCUUCUCUAUUUACAUGAAGGCUAUGAACAAAUUGUGGUUCAUAGAGAUGUUAAGGCCAGUAAUGUGUUAUUAGAUGAUGAGAUGAAUGGAAGAUUAGGUGAUUUUGGCCUGGCAAGAUUGUAUGAACACGGUUCAAAUCCGGGGACAACUCGGGUGGUGGGCACAUUGGGUUAUCUAGCACCGGAGCUGCCCAAGACAGGAAAAGCCACAACAAGCUCCGAUGUCUAUGCUUUCGGUGCACUCUUGCUUGAGGUUGCCUGUGGGCGCAGGCCCCUAGAACCCAAGGCAUUGCCUGAGGAAUUAGUAUUGGUUGAUUGGGUAUGGGAGAAGUUUAGACAAGGGAUGGUCCUUGAGAUGGUAGACACUCGGCUCAACGGCCAAUACGAUCAGGGUGAAAUGUUGAUGGUACUUAAACUAGGCCUAAUCUGUUCGAAUGAUGUCCCUGUGGCACGCCCUAGCAUGAGGCAAGUACUGAGGUUUCUCGACGGAGAGGCUGAACUACCGGAAAACUUGAGGCCACCGGGGGCAUUCGACGGAGGGAAGGCUUUCGCAGAAGGGUUUGAUGCUUUUGUGCAUUCCCUCGCGUCCUCAUCAUUUGACAAAAUGAGUUCAUGUUCAUUCAUUGAAAACGGUAACGGCGGUACUAGCUUUGCUUCCCUUUCUACCUCCCCACUUUCCCUUCUUCGAGAAACUAGAUAGAGUAAUGUGAUGGAAAGAGUGUUUCAUCUUUGUUUUGUUUUUACCUAGGUUGAGCUGUAUCAUACACUAACCUUUGUCGAAAACUUUUACCAAAGGCAAAAAGACAACGAUAUUUCACAUGUUACAGCACUCUGAUUCUUCUUCUUUCUUCUUCAAAGGGCAAAUUUUCUGUACUGACAAUGCUUUUGGCCUAACGUGUAAUGGCAUUUAUGAGUUGACGUAA